AACCAAUGCCCAGUGAUUCCUUCUAGAUUUUCUUCCCUGAGCUCUGCACUCAGCAGGGUCUCCCUAGCUAUCAGUAUAUCUACUCUGUUUGAUUGAUUGAUUGUUUGUAACCAUUAAGCUUCUAGUAUGCACAGAGUAUUGCAUCAAACGUUCUAUUUUUAGUGAAGAUAUUCUAAUUGCACUCUUCAAUGCCGUGAAGCCACCAGUGUCCCUUUUUAUCUUUGUAAGCUUCCCUCCUCUGUCUCUGGUUCUCUCUGCGUGCGUCACAUUUUGGUGUUUUCUUCAGAAAUUGCUGGGUUCUGAGGAUUAACGGACGUGGGUUUGAAGUACUUAUUCUCAGUGAUACCAAAGGACCCCUUAGUUUAAGGUAGUUAUUAUAUGGGAGGGAUGGGAGAUCUGAUUUGCGUUUCAGUUGGGGAAACUGAGUUUGUUUGCUACCUUGGAUUGAUGAAUUAGGAAUACUUUGAACUGAAGAUUUCCAGGGGUGGAUUCAGUGAUUUAGUGAAGUUCAACCAAAUUAAUGGUGAAAUUUGACUUUCUUGGUGGGUGUAUGGAAGGACUUAUAAGGGACAGAAGGAUUAUAUUAAAAAAAUUAUUUUCAAUGGAGUAACAUUUCUUUUGUUCAAAUUAGUUGGUGGGUUAUCAGUUGAAAAUGGAAUACCCCUUUUCAUCCAUGGAAAAGGGAAUGGGCUCUUGGGCUUCACAGAGAGCUCAAAUGGACAGUUCAGCAUCAUUGGAGAGUGGUACACCUGGUUCACUUCCGGAGGACCAGUUAGACAGCAUCUCGGAAUUCUUGAAUUUUGAUAGUUAUGCUGGAUGGUGCAACAGUCCCACGGCAACAGAUCAGAUGCUUUCCAUGUCCGGGAUGCCUCCAUUUCAAGUAAUGCCAACAAGUUGUACAUCUUUGGAUGCAUCAAGUUUCAUUGAACAAAAUUCUUCUGCCUUUCCUGUGACUGAUGGUGAUGGUAUUUCAAAUGCUGCUGGUAGUUCUUUCAAUUGUUCAGACGAAAUAAUGUUUCAACAACCAGAUACACAAUUUGGCUUUCCACCGGAUACAUCUGAUGCAGAUAACUCAAGUGCUAAACCAAGUCAUGGUUCUUUUCAGCAGAACAGCAUUUUGGAUGUGGGGAAUUGUCUGGUUCCUAGACCACUUGGACAGACACUUGCUGAGAAGAUGCUCGCAGCAUUGUCCUUGUUUAAAGAGUCUUCUGGAACGGGCAUUCUAGCACAAGUUUGGGUUCCAAUGAAGCAGGGGGAUCACUAUAUCUUGACCACUUCAGAGCAACCCUACUUGCUUGACCACAUGCUUACAGGGUAUCGUGAAGUUUCAAGGACAUUUACCUUCUCUGCUGAAGAGAGACCAGGUUCUUUUCUAGGGCUUCCUGGUCGUGUGUAUGUCUCUAAAAUCCCAGAGUGGACUUCAAAUGUAGUUUAUUAUAAUAAGACUGAAUACUUGAGAGUAAAUCAUGCUGUUCACCAUAAAGUUCGGGGAUCUAUUGCUUUACCAGUUUUUGAUCCUCUGGAAAUGUCAUGCUGUGCUGUUCUAGAACUUGUCACUGUUAAAGAGAAUCUCAAUUUCACUUUAGAGAUGGAAAAAGUUUGUAAUGCACUUCAGCAGGCUGUGAAUUUGAGGACCAAUGCCCCUCCUCGACUUCAUCCCCAGUGCUUCUCACAGAGCCAGAGGGCUGCCUUGGCUGAGAUAGUUGAUGUUUUGCGUGCUGUAUGUCAUGCACAUAGAUUGCCACUUGCCUUGACUUGGAUUCCUUGUAGUUACUCUGAUGAAGCUGAUGAUGAAAUCAUAAAAGUAUGUGUUAGAGAGGGUAAUACAAAUUCAAAUGCGAAAUUUAUACUAUGCGUUGAGGAUACAGGUUGCUAUGUGAAUGAUGGGAAGAUGCAAGGAUUUGUUCAAGCAUGUAGUGAGCAUUAUCUCGAUGAAGGGCAAGGUGUUGCUGGAAAAGCACUUCAAUCAAAUCACCCUUUCUUCUUCCCUGAUGUAAAGAAGUAUGAUAUUAGUGAAUAUCCUCUCGUCCAUCAUGCCCGAAAGUUUGGCUUGAGUGCUGCUGUUGCUAUCAGGCUAAGGAGCACGUACACUGGUGAUGAUGAUUAUGUAUUGGAGUUCUUUCUCCCUGUCAAUAUGAAGGGGAGUGCAGAGCAGCAACUUUUGUUAAACAAUCUCUCGGGUACUAUGCAGAGAAUAUGUAGGACUUUAAGAACAGUUUCAGAUGCAGUUAGUCAUCAGAAAGGAGAACUCCUGAACUUCCCUCCAAUGGGUAUGUCUAAUAAAAGCUCUCCGCAGGCAAUAGCAGAUGGUGAACUGAAUUCAGUCGACGGAGCACCACAUUCUAACCCAAGAAAUGAUGAAAUGAAAGCAGAUGGUGCUCAUGAGCAGGCUUCCGGGGUGUCAAGAAGACAGGUUGAGAAGAAGCGAAGUACAGCAGAGAAGAAUGUGAGCUUGAGUGUUCUCCAGCAAUACUUUUCUGGCAGUCUUAAGGAUGCAGCGAAAAGCAUUGGUGUUUGCCCUACUACAUUGAAGAGGAUAUGCAGGCAGCAUGGAAUCUCAAGAUGGCCAUCCCGCAAGAUAAACAAGGUGAAUCGCUCAUUAAAGAAAAUACAAACUGUGCUCGAGUCUGUUCAGGGGGUGGAAGGGGGGUUGAAGUUUGAUCCAUCCACAGGGGGGUUCAUGCCACCAGGCGGCAUCAUCAUCCAAGAUUUUGAUGCAUGCGAAAGCCCUCUCUUUCCACACAGAAAUCCACCUCUAAAAAGCCCUGCACCAGCUGCUGAAGUUGCAGUAAGAGUGCCUCCAGUCUCUUGCAUUGACGUUGAGGAUUCCGUGGUGAAGUUGGAGGAGGACGAGUGUUAUAUUGGCAGAAAUGAAGUAGGGCCUCCUAAGAGUGUAAUUCUGAAAGCUUGUAAGGGAGACCUAAAAACUUCCACUCUCUCUCUUGUCAGUGGCAUCGAAGACUUCAAAUCGGCUGCAUUAGUUGCUGAGCCAUCACAGAUGGACACUAUGCCUCAGGCUUGUUCUGGAAAUGCCUCCACUGGUUCUCUUUUCGCUAUGCGAGGACAAGAAGAAUGGGGUCUAAACAAGGGGGGUGUGAAAUUUGAAAAUUUUGACUGUCAGUUCAUUUCUCAGAGCUCGAGUUCAAUGGCUGGUGCUGACGAGAUGGAUACUGGGGUGGAUAGUGAGGAUGGGGUGGUAGAGCCUAACAGACCUACUUCUUCAGGCAUGACGGAUUCCUCAAAUGGAUCUGCCUCAAUGAACCACUCAUCAAGCUCUCAAAGCUUUGAGGGGCCAAAGCAAUCCAAAACCAAGCCAAACUUUGUUGCGGAUAGUGGAUCGAGAAUUACUGUUAAGGCUACUUACAAAGAUGAUAUGAUCCGUUUCAAGUUUGAGCCUUCUGCAGGAUAUUCCCAACUCUACGGAGAAAUUGCAAAGAGGUUUAAAUUACAGACUGGGACAUUCCAACUCAAGUAUCUGGAUGACGAAGAGGAAUGGGUGAUGUUGAUGAGUGAUGCUGAUCUGCGGGAGUGUCUUGAGGUGCUGGACUACAUUGGUACACGAACUGUGAAGUUCCUUGUCCGUGACAUGCCUUAUGCCACAGGCUGCUCUGACAGUAGCAAUUGCUUCCGGGCAGGAGGCUCCUAGUAUGGUAGAAAGCUGUAUUGAAGCGACCAUCUUUGGUGGGUUCAGUCCCAGUUAUGGGGGUUGGAAAUCACUGAAGCGGUGGGAAGAAUAGAUUGUGUGGGGGUGUUUUGAAACAAGAAAUGACAUGAUGUUAUUGCGGAUGAUGAGGUGGCUUCUUGUUUUGGUUCUUGCAGAACUUCUUAGUAACAUGGGGUUUGAAAUUUAAGGGGGGAAAAAAAAAGACAAAGAAAGAAAGAAAAUUCUAGAGGGCAUAAGGCUAUCGGAAUCAGCAUCAAUGUUAAUAGACAGGUUGUAAAGGGUAGGAGCCAGGGGGAAGUGUAAGCAAGGAUUGAGGCAGGUUGUAAAUGGUAGGAGCCAGGGGGAAGUGUAAGCAAGGAUUGAGGCACUCUUUUUUGUUUACUUGUGCCUUGUUUGUUUUGUAUAGUGAAUUAUGUUUUGAUCUGAUAAAAUAGAAAUUUUUUAUGUA